ACAGAUGUGAUAUCCAAAAGAUUGAAAAUAUGUGAAAGAAAUUUUAUUUUGGAUCCAGAUUUCAAAUCUUUAAGGGUUAAUGAUAAUCGCGACCUCCAUGUAUCAGAAGUAAAUGGUGUCAUCGUAUUCAUUUCCGGACUUUGCCCAUUUCCAAUUUGAGAGUCGCAGGGAUUCUGGACUGUACGCAAGAAUGGCCGUUUCCCUCUCACACCCGGACUCUUCCUCCUCUGCGUUUGAUAUAUUUUAGCUCCGAGGCAAACGAUACAACAGAGCGAGAUGGUGGCGGUGGAGAGAAAGGGGAGUAGGAAGGAGGAGGAGGAGGAGGAGGACGAGGACAAGGCAGGGCAAUCAGCGUGGGGGUGGGAGAAUGCGACGGCAGGGGCCAUUGCUGGAUUUGCCACUGUUGCUGCCCUCCAUCCUCUUGAUGUUGUCCGCACCAGGUUUCAAGUUAACGAUGGACGCUGCUCAACGGUGCCUUCUUACAAGAACACUGCACAUGCACUCUUUACUAUAGCACGCUCAGAGGGUUUGAGAGGAAUCUAUGCCGGUUUUUCUCCAGCAGUUAUCGGUUCAACUCUUUCUUGGGGUUUAUACUUCUUCUUCUAUAACAGAGCAAAAAAUAGGUAUCUCAAAGUCAGAGAUGAACUUGGUCCCAGCCUCCAUCUUCUUUCUGCUGCAGAAGCAGGCACGCUAGCAUGUCUUUUCACAAAUCCUGUUUGGCUAGUCAAAACAAGGUUGCAGCUUCAGACACCAUUGAGUCAAUCUCCACCAUAUUCUGGAUUUUCUGAUGCUAUAAGAACAAUUCUUAAGGAGGAAGGUUGGCGUACACUUUAUAAAGGGAUUGGUCCAGGUCUUUUACUUGUCUCCCAUGGAGCUAUUCAGUUUACUGCUUAUGAAGAAGCUUGCAAAAUUUUGAUCAAAAUUAAAAGUACCAGGGAGAAGCAUGAUCACUCCAAUGAUGACAGGUUAUUGAACUCUGUUGAUUAUGCUGUGCUGGGGGCCUCCUCCAAAAUUGUCGCUAUUCUGCUGACAUAUCCCUUUCAGGUCAUUCGUUCACGUCUUCAGCAAAGACCAAGUACACACACAUUGCCAAGAUACAGAGAUGCUUGGCAUGUCUUGAAAGAGACUGCGAGGUUUGAGGGGAUUAAUGGUUUCUACAGGGGCAUAACAUCCAAUCUACUGAAGAACAUCCCUGCUGCUUCUAUUACAUUUGUUGUCUAUGAAAAUGUCCUACGGUUAUUAAGAAUGACGAAUAAGAAUGUGAACAACUGAUGUUCCUUUUUCAUUUUUACUUCAUUUGCAAGAACUUUAUGCAAGCAUUGUCCUUGUGCCCAGAUUGCUAUGCUGAUUGUUUGAAUUAAUUGCCGUCUCAAAGAUGUACUCCUUGGUGUUCA